AUGAUCCGAGCACUGCUGCCGGUCCUGGCGUACCUGAGCCUGCUCCCGGCGAGUUCGUACUCGCUGCACAUGGCACGCGAUGCCUACAUCAAACCGCCACCACCGCCGCCCCCCGCCAACCAGCUGCUGGACGAGCUGGACGACAUGUCGGAGUUGCUGGCGGCCGAGAACCGGGUGGACCUGAUGCGGCCAGCCACCGGUGUGCUGCUGUCCGCCGGGCGCACAAUGCUGGGACCGGCGCACCAGAAGCAUGGCGGUGCCCCGAGUUCCGGUGGCAGCAACGGGGGGUCUGCAACCGUGGUCAGCGGCCAUCACCAGCGACAGAUGGGGCCCGGCAACAACAACCUGAUGGUGACGAGCAACGAGCUGCCAGAACUGAGCCCUCCACCGGCGCACCUACCCGCGGCCAUGGUGCUGCGCCACGGUCCGAUCGGUCCACUGGUUGGUCAGCCACCGCGCGGCCUACAGGAACUGUUCGGAGUGCAGACCAACUUCGAUAUCCGGGCCGCGCAGCAGCAGCAACAGCAGCUUGGCUCCAGUUCCUCCUCCAGUAUGGACGAUCGGGAUGAAGACGACGGUGGUGGUGGCCCCGCUGCUGGAGGAGGCGAAGAGGACGACGGAGUGGCUCCGGCGGGGGCCGCACCGUCGACCAACAGCAAGCGAGCAUCACCGACCGGCGGCCGGAACAAGAUGAUGGCCGACUCGGGCCAAGAGUCUGGCAGUAUGCCCUCCCUGCCGCACGGUGUCGCCAACCAGAUGAUGCUGCGCAGUACCCGUGGCCAGCGCCAGUACGACGUGCCGCAGAUCGAGUGUCCACCUGCGAUGGAUGGGAUGGAGCGCUUCGCCUGCCCCACACCGGACCGGCAGGGCCGGUACCGGUGUAUAGACGAUCACGUGCUGUGCGAUGGUUUCAUCGACUGCCCCGAGGGCGAGGACGAGGACAGACAGGCGUGUAUGUUCUACAAAACGACAAAAGCACAUCUCGAUGUAUUAGCGGACGCCUUAUUGAGAUGGGCCCGAGGCCGUUAA